GCCAUAAAUGGGAGGGAGGCCGGGCAUUUGGAGGGAGAAGUUCUCCUGCAGCCUGGUGAGCCCUCGAGGCAGAGCCCACUCUUCCUUGCCGCUUCCCCUUCUCUCUGGUAUACACAAAGAUGUCGCUUGUCGCCGUGCCCUUCUACCAAAAGAGACACAGACACUUUGACCAGUCCUACCGGAAUAUUCAAACAAGGUAUCUUCUGGAUGAAUAUGCUGCGAAAAAGCGAGCUUCCACCCAGUCAUCUUCCCAGAAGUCUGUCACUCAGGAGUCAUCGUCCCAGAGAGAGUCAUCAUCCGAGAGGGCGUCCAGCCAGACCUCGCUGGGAGGGACCACCUGUAGGCUCUGCGCGAAGAGGGUGAGCACAGCACUAGAAGAGGAAGAGCAGGAGAGGAAGCGCAGGUACCAUUCGCUGCUGGCUGCCUAUGGGGAGGCCAAGCGGGAGCGCUACCUCAGCGAGCUGGCCCAGCUGGAAGAGGAUGUUCACCUGGCCCGCACCCACGCCCGGGACAAGCUGGAUAGAUUCGCGCUGCAGCACGUGGACACACAUGCCCUGCGGCAUGCGGUGGGCGACAGGCUGGCCUGGGAGAGGCACUCAUUUGAGGAGCGGAUAAGCAGGGCGCCUGAGAUCCUGGUGCGGCUGAGGUCACACACCGUCUGGGAACGGAUGUCGGUCAAGCUGUGCUUCACAGUACAGGGCUUCCCCACCCCUGUGGUGCAAUGGUAUAAAGACGGCAGCUUGAUCUGCCAGGCGGGGGAGCCGGGCAAGUACAGGAUUGAGAGCAAGUAUGGCGUGCACACCCUGGAGAUCAACAGGGCGGACUUUGACGACACUGCAACCUACUCGGCGGUGGCAACCAAUGUGCACGGACAGGUGUCCACCAACGCGGCGGUGGUGGUGAGAAGGUUCCAUGGCGACGAGGAGCCCUUCUAUUCCGUGGGACUCCCGAUCAGAUUGCCCUUGUCGUCCGUGAUUCCGUACACGCACUUCGACGUCCAGUUUCUGGAGAAAUUCGGGGUCACCUUCCGAAGGGAAGGCGAGACCUUGACUCUCAAAUGCACGCUGCUGGUGACGCCAGACCUUAAGCGGGUGCAGCCACGGGCUGAGUGGUACCGGGACGAUGUGCUGCUGAAGGAGUCCAAGUGGACGAAGAUGUUCUUUGGAGAAGGCCAGGCCUCACUGUCCUUCAGCCACCUCAACAAGGACGACGAGGGCCUCUACACCCUGAGGAUCGUGUCCAGAGGCGGCAUCAGUGACCACAGCGCCUUCCUGUUUGUCCGAGAUGCUGACCCCCUGGUCAUGGGGGCACCGGGUGCGCCCAUGGAUGUGCACUGCCACGAUGCCAACCGGGAUUAUGUCAUCGUGACCUGGAAGCCACCCAAUACGACCAAGGAGAGCCCGGUUCUUGGCUAUUUCAUUGAUCGGUGUGAGGUGGGGACUGACAACUGGGUUCAAUGCAAUGACGCCCCUGUGAAGAUCUGUAAAUACCCCGUGACGGGGCUUGUUGAAGGAAGGUCUUACACGUUCCGUGUGCGAGCUGUCAACAGCGCAGGGGUCAGCAGGCCUUCCAGAGCCUCCGAGGCUGUGGCUGCCCUUGACCCUCUUGACCUCAAACGGUUACAAGGGGUCCAUUGGGAGGGCGAUAAAGACAUCGUGAUCUAUCAGGAUGACCUUGAAGGCGAAGUUCAGAUUCCAAGACCUCCCACCAAUGUGCACGCCUCGGAAAUCAGCAGAACGUAUGUUGUCCUCAGCUGGGACCCACCUACUCCCCGUGGCAAGGAGCCGCUGAUGUAUUUCAUUGAGAAGUCUGUGGUCGGCAGUGGGACCUGGCAGCGGGAGAACGCCCAGACGGCCGUCAGGUCCCCAAGAUACGCCGUCUUCGAUCUGGCAGAGGGGAAAUCAUACGUGUUCCGAGUUUUGUCAGCAAAUAAGCACGGCCUGAGCGACCCGUCGGAAAUCACGUCCCCCAUCCAGGCCCAAGAUACCAUCGUGGUCCCCUCGGCCCCCGGCCGCGUGCUUGCAUCCCGGAACACCAGGACCUCGGUGGUGGUGCAGUGGGACCAGCCGAAGCAUGGGGAGGACCUGCUCGGCUACUACGUGGACUGCUGCGUGGCUGGCUCCAAUGUCUGGGAGCCUUGUAACCACAAGCCCAUUGGCUACAACAGGUUCGUGGUGCACGGCCUAACGACUGGCGAGCAAUACAUCUUCCGAGUUAAAGCUGUGAAUGCAGUGGGGACGAGCGAGAACUCACAGGAGUCUGAUGUCAUCAAAGUCCAGGCUGCCCUCACCGUGCCAUCCCACCCUUACGGAAUCACGCUUCUGAACUGUGACGGCCACUCCAUGACCCUCGGCUGGAAGGUGCCCAAGUUCAGUGGGGGCUCACCCAUCAUUGGGUACUACGUGGACAAGCGGGAGGGCCACCACAAAAACUGGCACGAGGUCAACUCUUCACCUCUCAAAGAGAGGAUCCUCACGGUGGAGGGCUUGACAGAAGGCUCGACGUAUGAAUUCAAAAUUGCUGCCGCCAACCUGGUGGGGAUUGGGCUGCCCUCGGAUCCCAGUGAGCUCUUCAAGUGUGAGGCCUGGACAGCGCCUGAGCCAGGUCCUGCCUAUGACCUGACGUUCUGUGAGGUCCGGGACACGUCCCUGGUCAUGCUCUGGAAAGCUCCCGUGUAUUCCGGUAGCAGCCCUGUCUCUGGCUACUUUGUGGAUUUUAAGGAGGAGGAUUCCGGAGAGUGGAACACCGUCAAUGAAGUUGCCACUGCAAAUCGUUACUUAAAGGUCUGUGACCUGCACCAAGGAAAAACCUAUGUCUUCCGCGUCAGGGCAGUAAACGCAAACGGGGUGGGGAAGCCCUCGGACACAUCGGAGCCAGUGCUGGUGGAGGCCAGGCCAGGCACGAAGGAGAUCAGUGCGGGGGUAGACGAGGAGGGCAACAUCUACUUGAGCUUUGACUGCCAGGAGAUGACGGAUGCCUCUCACUUCACCUGGUGCAAAUCCUACGAAGACAUUGCAGAUGAUGAGAGGUUCAAGGUCGAGACUGUGGGGGACCACUCAAAGCUGUACUUUAAGCAUCCGGAUAAAGUGGACUUAGGGACUUACUCUGUGUCCGUCAGUGACACAGAUGGCGUGUCCUCCAGCUUUGUCUUGGAUGAGGAAGAGCUGGAACGUUUGAUGGCGCUGAGCAAUGAGAUAAAAAAUCCCACGAUUCCUCUGAAGUCAGAAUUAGCUUAUGAGAUUUUUGAUAAGGGCCAGGUUCGCUUCUGGCUCCAGGCUGAACACCUAUCUCCAGACGCCAGCUACCGCUUUGUUAUUAACGACAAAGAAGUCCCUGACAGCGAGACACACAGAAUCAAGUGUGACAAGUCAACCGGCAUUGUUGAGAUGGUGAUGGAUCGGUUCACCGUCGAAAACGAAGGCACCUACACUGUGCAGAUUCACGAUGGAAAAGCUAAAAAUCAGUCUUCUCUGGUCCUUAUUGGAGAUGCAUUCAAGGCUGUCCUAGAAGAGGCUGAAUUUCAAAGAAAGGAAUUUCUCAGGAAACAAGGCCCUCAUUUCUCUGAGUAUCUUCAUUGGGAUGUUACUGAAGAGUGUGAAGUUCGACUUGUCUGUAAGGUAGCAAACACCAAGAAAGAAACGGUUUUCAAAUGGCUGAAGGAUGAUGUUCUGUAUGAAACUGAAAAGUUGCCUGAUCUGGAGAAGGGAGUCUGUGAACUGCUUAUACCAAAGCUGUCAAAGAAGGACCAUGGUGAAUAUAAGGCGACCUUGAAAGACGAGAGAGGUCAAGAUGUGUCUAUCCUUGAGAUAGCUGGCAAAGUGUACGAGGAUAUGAUUUUGGCAAUGAGCAGAGUCUGUGGAGCAUCUGCUUCUCCACUCAAAGUACUCUGCACCCCAGAAGGAAUAAGGCUGCAGUGUUUCAUGAAAUACUUUACGGAAGAAAUGAAAGUGAACUGGUAUCACAAGGAUGCUAAGAUUGCAUCAAGUGAGCACAUGAGGAUUGGAGGGAGUGAGGAGAUGGCCUGGCUGCAGAUUUGUGAGCCCACCGAGAAGGAUAAAGGCAAAUACACUUUUGAGAUUUUCGACGGCAAAAAUAACCAUCAACGCUCACUGGACCUAUCCGGUCAAGCUUUUGAUGAAGCAUUUGCAGAAUUCCAGCAGCUCAAGGCAGCUGCUUUUGCAGAGAAAAAUCGUGGCAAGGUGAUUGGUGGCUUACCUGACGUGGUGACCAUAAUGGAAGGCAAGACCUUGAACCUGACCUGCACGGUGUUCGGGAACCCUGACCCGGAAGUGGUGUGGUUCAAGAACGACAAGGACAUUGAGCUGAGUGAACACUUCUCAGUCAAGGUGGAGCAGGCCAAGUACGUCAGCAUGACCAUCAAGGGCGUGACCUCCGAGGACUCGGGCAAGUAUAGCAUCCACGUGAAGAACAAGUACGGGGGUGAGAAGAUCGACGUGACUGUGAGCGUCUACAAGCACGGGGAGCAGAUCCCUGACGUGGUGCUCCCUCAGCAGGCCAAGCCCAAGCUCAUCCCCGCAUCUGCCUCUGAGUGAGGGGCGAUCUGGAGCCAGAUGGCGUCCAGCCCGUGACAAGGGCCUGUGACCUUGCGUUCGGCUGGUAGUCCAUCAUAAGUUAUGGUUUUAAUCGUGGCCUUUGGCUGUUAGUAGCUUCUGUCUUUCUGAGGGGAAAAUUGAGUGUUCUCAGGAGGCUGGGCAGCUGCAUCUGCAGGUGCCUGCGGGUGGGUUGGAGGAGAGCUGACCUUUCUUUGGGCCUUGCGGGGUGCUGUCCAUAUUGGGGUCGUGUGCUCCGGUGUGAAGGUCUAGGGCCUCUGACGUGCCGCUGGGGGAGCUGUGAACCUGUGUGCCUCCUUAUUCUCUGCUUUCUCUUGCUUCAGACGAAUAAAACUUUAAAAGGCAA